AUGUCGAAAACACAGAUUGAUCCACAUAACGAGAAGGUCGACAUCAAUGAUCUAAAGGAGGAGCAAAAUAUCCAUCAAUCCGAUGUUUUAGUCGACCAGGAUCUCAUGGCUCAUGCCUUUGAUGGAGAGAACCGCGAGCAUGAGAUGGGCAUGUGGGAAGCAGUCAAGUUGUACCCCAUGGCUUGCUUAUGGGCAUUCAUCUUUUGUUUCACUAUUGUUAUGGAAUCGUUUGAUAUGUUUCUAAACGGUAACUUUAUUGCGCUCCCAGCGUUUCAGGAAAGAUAUGGUAUCCUUCAACCAGAUGGACUAUAUGCCAUUCAAACGAAAUGGCAAAGUGCACUCUUUCAAGCCGGGCAGUGUGGUGCUUUCAUUGGUGUCUUCAUGGCUGGUCCUGUCACGAAUCGUCUUGGCUACCGUUGGACAACCAUCAUAGCUCUGAUCCUCAUGAACGCGACAAUCUUCAUCUCCUUUUUCUCUGACUCGCUCGCUGUCCUUACUGUCGGACAAGCGUUAGAAGGUGUCCCUUGGGGAUUUUUCAUCGCAAAUGCCCCUGCCUACGCCAGUGAGAUCGUUCCUCUUGCCCUUAGAGGUGCAUGCACGGCUACUCUGCAAAUGUCUUGGUCUAUUGGUAGCAUCAUCGUUGCCGCUGCAACAUAUGGAUACAAUAGUAAACCAGGCCCGUGGGCUUGGAGAGUGCCUCUUGCCUUGCAGUGGCUCUUUCCAACUCCGCUCUUGGUCCUCAUCUUUCUCGCUCCCGAAUCACCAUGGUGGCUGAUUCGCCGCGGACGCAAAGAGGAAGCCCUUCGAUCCGUCAAGCGCCUUGGUCGCACCUCCCAUGAGCACUGCGAAGGCCAAGUUGCCAUGAUGGAGCGAACCGUUGAGAUAGAAAAGAAAAUGGGAGGUGACCCCACCUUACUCGACCUUUUCAAAGGUACGGACUUGAGGCGAACGAUCAUCACCUGCUUGAUAUAUGCGUCGCAGAACUUUGCAGGGAAUUUGAUUGCCAACCAAGCUACUUUCUUCUUCGAGCAAGCCGGGAUUAAACCAGACUUUGCUUUCAAACUCAACUUGAUCAAUUCAUGUCUUCAAUUCGUUGCCAAUAUCCUCUCUUGGCCGCUUACUGCCAGAUUCGGUCGUCGAACAAUCUAUCUCUGGGGUACAGCCACGAACCUCACUUUUCUUUUCAUUCUGGGUAUUAUCGCCGCCAUCCCGCAGAACCACCACACGAACUACGCUCAGGCGUGCUUAGGAAUUAUCAUCUCGUUCGUGUUUGCUGGAACCCUCGGACCCAUCUCAUAUACAAUCAUUGCCGAGACCUCCUCAGUCCGUCUUCGCGCUUUGAGCACUGGUGUUGGUCGUGCCGCCUAUUAUGUUGCGGAAAUUCCUAUGAUCUAUCUUGCCUCGCAAAUGCUCAACACGACAGGAUGGAAUCUUGCAGGCAAGUGCGGCUUUGUAUGGGGUAGCACCGCUGUCGUCUGUUGGGUAUCGGCCUACUUCUUCCUCCCCGAGCUCAAACAUCGCUCUUACCGUGAAACCGAUAUUUUAUUCAAUCGUAAGAUUUCUGCUAGGAAGUUCAAGACGACCUUGAUUGAUGUAAAGGAUAAUGAGUAA